GUCACGAGUGACUGCUGAUUUACCAGCGGGUUUAGUACAAGGCGUAGUGUUGUUUUCCUUGUGACAAUUUUGCAUGGUCAUCGUCAUAAAAUGGAAGCAACGGACAAGUCAUCCAAGCAAUCUUCUGGUAACGUGCCACCACUGCCAAGAUACUCCCGGGAUUCACUUGAAGUAUUCAACCCCUCCAAUGCCUACUCGAACCGACUCACUAACCCAGCAUUUCGUUCACCAAACCCCACCUGGAAAAGCUGGGUUGAUUCAAGUGCGAAAAAUGAACCCGUACCCAUCACCACCUCAUGGAUGGCCCUCAAGGACCCGGUCCCUACCCCACCACCCCUACAGCAAUCCCAGCAAGACGAGAAAAAACCGAAACAACAACAGUCGGGUGAGAUUGGGGUGGCAACAGAAAGAGCGGCUGAGUGGGGCCUGGUGCUAAAAACCGACGACGAGACAGGCAAGCCACAAGGGGUUAGCGUGAGAAGUUCGGGUGGGGAUGACCCGAAUGCAAAACCGGGUACAUCAAGAAGGGACUCGAACAACUCGGUGAGAAAUUCUAGCGAGUUAUCAGAUGACGGAGGGACUAGUAACAACAGUAAUAUCCCAAGACUGUCUGAAGACAUAAGAAAUGCACUGUCCACGUUUCAACAAACAUUUGUGGUAUCAGAUGCCACAAAACCGGACUAUCCAAUCUUGUAUGCAAGUGCUGGCUUCUUUAAAAUGACAGGUUAUACCUCUAAGGAGGUCAUUGGCAGGAAUUGUCGGUUCUUACAGGGUGCAGGCACCGACCCAGAAGAUGUAGCGAAAAUUAGGGAGGCUUUACGAGGAGAGGGUACUUACUGUGGGAGAUUGUUGAAUUACAAGAAAGAUGGUUCUCCCUUUUGGAACCUUCUUACUAUUGCACCCAUCAAGGACGAUUCUGGCAAAGUCCUCAAAUUCAUUGGAAUGCAAGUGGAAGUUAGCAAGCAUACUGAGGGGUCCAAGGAUAAGACCUUGCGUCCCAAUGGAUUGCCUGGAUCCUUGAUCCGAUAUGACGCACGUCAAAAAGAAAUGGCUACAAGUUCUGUAACAGAACUUGUUCAAGCAGUGAACAGACCUCGUGCACUCAGUGAAUCAACCAAUCGUCCGUUUAUGAGAAAAUCAGAAGGUGGUGGAGAAGAGGAAAGAAAAGGAGCUAUAGGAAGACGAAACUCGGAGAAUGUGGCUCCAAAUAGACGGAAUUCUCACGGGGGUACUCGAAACUCAAUGCAACGUAUCAGUGAGUUGCCGGAAAAGAAACCAAGAAAAUCUAGCCGCCUUUCUUUCAUGGGUCUCAUGAGAAAAAGUACUCAUUCCGAUGAUGAGAGCUUUGAUGUUGGAAUUACUCUCGAUGAUGAUUUUGAGAGUGAUGACGACGACGACGACGCAAGGCCUGAUAGCCUUGAUGACAAAGUGAGGAAGAAGGAAAUGAGAAAGGGUAUUGAUCUCGCCACCACUCUUGAACGUAUAGAGAAAAACUUUGUCAUUACUGAUCCAAGGCUGCCUGAUAAUCCCAUUAUAUUUGCCUCUGAUAGCUUCUUAGAGCUGACAGAGUACAGUCGUGAAGAAAUCUUGGGAAGAAAUUGCAGAUUCUUGCAAGGGCCUGAAACUGAUCCAGCGACUGUGAGGAAAAUAAGGGAAGCAAUUGAUAACCAGACAGAUGUCACCGUGCAGCUGCUUAACUAUACCAAGAGUGGUAAGAAGUUCUGGAACCUGUUCCAUCUGCAGCCUAUGCGUGACCAAAAGGGAGAAGUGCAGUAUUUUAUUGGAGUACAAUUGGAUGGCAGUGAGCAUGUUGAGCCACGUACCAAUAGUAUCCCAGAGGCAACAGCAAUAGAGAGUGAACAACUGGUGAAACAUACUGCAGAAAAUGUUGAUGACGCAGUGAGAGAACUUCCGGAUGCCAAUAUGAGACCAGAAGAUUUGUGGGCAAAUCAUUCAAAAGUGGUCUAUCCAAAGCCUCACAGAAAGGACAGCCCAUCAUGGAAAGCGAUUCAAAAGAUUCUAGAAAGUGGAGAACAAUUAGGCCUAAAGCAUUUUAGGCCAGUAAAGCCCUUGGGAUCCGGUGACACUGGCAGUGUGCAUUUGGUAGAAUUGUAUGGAACUGGUCAGUUUUUUGCCAUGAAGGCUAUGGACAAGGCUGCUAUGCUCAACCGCAAUAAGGUGCAUAGAGCUUGUGCAGAGAGAGAGAUUCUGGACAUGUUGGACCACCCUUUUCUUCCUGCGUUGUAUGCUUCAUUUCAGACGAAAACACAUAUCUGUCUGAUAACUGAUUACUGCCCUGGUGGCGAGCUCUUCCUGCUUUUGGACAGACAGCCAAUGAAGGUGCUGAAGGAAGAUGCUGUGAGAUUUUACGCUGCAGAGGUAGUCGUUGCAUUGGAGUACCUUCAUUGUCAAGGGAUAAUUUACAGGGACUUAAAGCCUGAGAAUGUUCUACUUCAGAGCAAUGGCCAUGUGACCUUGACAGAUUUUGAUCUAUCAUGUUUAACAUCCUGCAAACCCCAGCUCUUGAUUCCAAGUACAAAUGAAAAGAAAAGGCACCGUAAACAUCAGCAGGCUCCAGUCUUUUUGGCUGAACCAAUGAGAGCUUCAAAUUCUUUUGUUGGAACUGAAGAGUAUAUAGCUCCGGAAAUCAUAACUGGGGCAGGCCAUACCAGUGCCGUGGACUGGUGGGCUCUAGGAAUUCUGCUAUAUGAAAUGCUUUAUGGAUACACACCUUUCAGGGGAAAGACCAGGCAAAAGACAUUCGCCAACAUUCUUCACAAGGAUCUCAAAUUCCCUGGAAGUAUACCGGUUAGCCUCAACGCGAAGCAGUUAAUGUACCGUUUGCUGCAUAGGGACCCCAUAAACAGGUUGGGUUCGCGAGAAGGAGCGAAUGAUAUUAAACGGCAUCCAUUCUUCAAAGGUGUCAACUGGGCACUGGUUCGCUGCUUGAAUCCUCCUGAGCUCGAGGCACCAUUUUUGGAGUCUGGAGAAGAAAAGGAAGCCAAAGUUGUGGAUCCUGGAAUGCAGGAUCUGCAGACAAAUAUCUUCUGAAGAGCUGAGUUCAGGAGUAUUUUAACGCUUUGUACUCAGGAGAUGAAGAUGGUUGGCCCUGAAGACUGCCUCUGAUCUUUUUUUUUCUUUUUCUAUUCCCUUUAUCAAUGAAUGAUUUGAUUGCUUUUUUU